CACAAUAAAUAGAGAAGCGUAUGAUAGUUGAAUCUGUGUUGAUUUUUCUUCGUAAUUGUAAAAAAGGCAAUCCAGCAUUUAAGUGGUCUCCUUUUUUCUCUUCAUUGUAAUUAAAUCUUUGGAUUUGCUGAGUGCUUAAAUUAAGAAUAGUAGAUACUGUGUGAGUUCACCCUUUCCAUAAUUCCAUUUUUGUGUUCUUGUAAUUAAGUUUGUUUAUCUUCCAUUUUCUCUCAGUUCUUGCUAUAUUUCUUCUUCUGAAUCCUUAUCUGUGGCUCCGAAAUCAAGAUCAAAAUUUCAAUGUGGUCCACCACUGCUCACUCUAAUCUCGACAGUUUCCUUCACCGUAUUACGCCCAAUCCUCCUUCGCGAUCUCUCCCUCAGUGCUGUACUCAUGAAAUAAAAAGCCAGUGGCAACCACUUGAUAAGAACAUAGUUGAAUAUUUCACAUUGGGAGAUCUCUGGAAUUGCUAUGAUGAAUGGAGUGCAUAUGGUGCCGGCACAUCAGUGGUGUUAGAUAGUGGUGAGGAUGUUAUGCAAUACUACGUUCCUUACCUGUCCGCCAUUCAGAUCUACACUAAUAAGUCUGUUGCCACUUCCAGGAAUCUAAGAGAGGAUACUGAAGUCGCAGAAUUUGAAAGCGAUUCUGGGAGUGAUGAUGGUGGGAGUGAUAAGCUAUCAAGGUCUCUCAGCAAUAACUCCAGCAGGACUUGGGAUGCCAUUUCUGAGGAUUCAAGCUUGGACCAGGAUGGCUCAUGGCCAAUGAACAAUAAGCUUGGGUACCUUUACUUCCAGUACUUUGAGAUGUCUUCUCCUUACUGGAGGGUUCCACUUAGGGAAAAGAUAACUGAAUUAGCUCGGAAUCAUCCGGGGCUAAUGACGCUUAGAAGUGUGGAUCUCUCACCAGCAAGUUGGAUGGCUGUCGCUUGGUAUCCUAUUUAUCAUAUUCCAUCAAAGAAAAAUGAGAAGGACUUGUCAACAUGCUUCCUCUCUUAUCAUACACUAUCUUCAUCUUUUCAAGGUAUUUUGAUUAUCUACAUAAUUCAUGGAUAACUUAUUAUGUUUGAAUGAAAAAUUCAAAGUCUAAAUG